CAGAGGCGUGAUGGAAACGAGGCUUAUAAAUGACUGACAAUAUUUUUUAUUCCAUUUUCUCGUUCAUUCCAUUCAGCGUGAGGAAGAUUUGCUCUCAUUUCGCUGUAACUGAAAAACCAAAGGACAGCAGCAAGUUCUGAAAUAUACUAAUUAAGCUUUUGAGAGCAGCAGAGCAGAAUAGUUUUGUUCAAAAAUGGAUUUCAAAGACCUUCUCAGCCUUGCAAAAGACAACCAGUCAUUUGCUCAGAAAAAGUUUAAAAGAGACUUACUGGAAAAGAAUAAGAAUUCUAAAGCGUCCAUGGUAUCUGAUACAGCAGUAAAAUCUUUUAUGGCCAAAAAGAAGAAGAUGGAAGAAGAAAGAAAAGCUGCAAUGGAGGCAGAGAGGAGGAAAAGGGUAGAGGCAAGGUUAGAGUCAAGUCUUGGAAAGAAAAAAUCAUCAAAACAAAACAGUAGCAUUUCUGAAAGAAAAGUUGUUCAUGACUCUAUGAAAUCUGGAAGAAUAUCAAGCUUAUCUGAUAAAAGGAUGACGUCACAAAAAAAGGGUCCUGGUUUGCAGGAACAAAAGUCGAAAGAAAGUUUUCAGAUCCCUAAAAAGGGAGGUAUCCAGAAAAGUAAUAAAUUUGAACAAAGUGGAAGCACUGUUAAGUCUGUGCCUUCUAUUCCUGGCAAGUCUGAGUGCAAUCUAUCUUUGGUGACAUCCGAAAAACCUGUCAUAAAGCAGCAUAGGCGGAGAAAAGGGACUGAGUCCAGUUUUGAAUGGUCAGGGUCAACAACAGCUUCUGAUGACAAUUUAAGGAAGUCAUUCACAAAGGGCAAGGAUAUUGGUCGGAAGAAAGCUGGGGGUUCAUUAAGCUUUACAGAGUUGAUGAAUGUCGCAAAGCAACAGAAGGACAAACAACCAACUUUGAAAAAAGAGAUUGCGGAUCCGAUAAAGAUAUCACCGAAAACAGAUCCAGGUCAAAGCUCAUCAAAAGACAAUCCUAGUAGAAAAGUUAAACCACAUAAAGGGACUGUUGGGAAACCAGAUCCUGUAAUUGCAAAAAUUGAACGGCAAAAAGAUAUACCCAAGCCAAAAGGCAAAGUUUUUACGCAGACGAUCGAUGUUAGAAGUAAUUACCCACAAAAUAAUAAUAUGAUAAAAGGUGGAAGGGAUGGUAGAUCUUCAGUUAAUGGUUUGGCAAAAUUUCCUAGACCAGAGGCUGCUAUAAAAAGAAGAAAAGUAUUUUCAAUAGACGAAGAACUAGAAAUGGAACGACAAGAACUGGAAAGGAAGCGCAAUUUGUUAAGGAAGAAAAUGCAAGGUGGCUUGUCACAAGGUCAUGAUUCUGAUGAUGGCUAUAAUUAUGGUGAUGAUGAUUAUGAUGAUGAAAUGGAUGAUUUUAUCGACGAUGAAGGGGACUCGAUGGAUUAUUCUAGACAUAUACGAAGCAUCUUCGGCUAUGAUCGGAGACGAUAUUUAGACGAAGAAGAUGAUCUUCGAGACAUGGAAUCGAAUUUUCGGCAAAUAUCUGCAGAAGAAGCAAGAAGUGCUCGCAUUGCAAAACUUGAAGAUGAGAUAGAAAGGCGGAAGGAAUUAAUGGAAGAAAAAUCCGCAAAGAGGAAAAAGCAGUAAAAAAGGUAAAAAUGAUUUUAGCAUAAUGGUUCUCUACAACUACAGAAAAUUUUCUACAACGACAAUAGAUGUAUUUUUUGCAGUUAUAGACAAAGUAUUUGAACUCUUGCUAGUUCUCUCAUUAUUGGUUGAUGAAUUUCUAACAAUGUCCGCAACUCACAAAAUUCCAAGAAGUGCACUAUAAAUUCCAGGAAUUCGGUUUUGAAUAAUUAGCUUUGAAUCUUACAAACAAUCUGUUUCGGGUAUUUCAAAAGUGUGGGUCUGUGUCAUUUUUCUGACUCUCGAUUCAGAAAUUAUUUAUUAGACAUUUAAGAUAUGUAUUAGUGAAUGAAUGUUUUGGAACUUAACUCAGUAGGUAUUAUGCUGUUCAAAAAUUGUACUUUAUGAAUAAAUGCUGGCAAGCGAAACAAGUUUUUUGAAGAAUUCGUCAGUUUAUGAAAUAAUGUUAUUAAAUUUAUCUUAGAUUCCAGAUGGCAAUAAAAUUGUAAACUUUUGUACAAAUUAGCUCUUAUUAGAAAGAUUGUAGCUAAAUGUGGUAGUAGCAGUGAAUGUUGGGUGGGGAAGAAAGAUUUAACGUGAAUAUUGGUUGCCUUUUGAAAUACUAGACUAAUCCUUGAAUGCUAUUUUGAUGUUCAGAAUUUAAGAAAAAAUUAGAGAAUGGAAAUAAGAUGUUUGACAACAAUUCUGUCGUUUUUCGAAUAGCCGAAAAUAAAGAAGUUGAAGUUAAUUUUAAUUUCAACUUUCCUCAAUGUUGAUAAUGUAAAACUCCUCUAAUUAGUUUUAAAAGGGUCUUUAAAAGGUUAAAAUUUAGAAUAUCUUUUUGUUAGCAUUAUCAAAGAACGUGCUAUAAUUAUUGAAUGAUAUACAUAGAUUAUAUAGUAAAUCCAAUUAAUUAUAAUAUGGUACAUGAUUAUGAAUUUAUCGUUAUUAAUUUAUUGCCAUAGUAAUUGUGUUUUCGUUUGAAAGAAGAGUUAUUUAGCUUUUCGAAGAAAUAGAAAGGAGAUAAAAAUUGA